CCGGCCCGCCCCAUUAGACCGAGCCGUUUCAUCUCUCUCUCUGCCCCCUCCCCUGGUUUUUCCUCUCUCCCUCGGCAUCUCCACCGGGUCGCGCCGGCUAGGUUUCCGCCGAUUCCGUGCCCCCGAUUCGCCGAAAAACCGUGCGGGAGGAGGACUCGGAGGAUGGAGACCCCGGAGGCGGCGGCGGGGGCGGCGGAGGUGAUAGUGCCGGUGGGCGCGCAGAAGCACGACCCGGCGUGGCAGCACUGCGUGAUGGUGCGGUCGGCGGGGCGGGUGCGGCUCAAGUGCGCCUACUGCGGCAAGCACUUCCUCGGCGGCGGCAUCCACCGCUUCAAGGAGCACCUCGCGCGCCGCCCCGGCAACGCCUGCCUCUGCCCCAAGGUCCCCGCCGAGGUCGAGGACGUCAUGGUCCGCAGCCUCGAGGAGGUCGCCGCCAAGAAGCAGCGCAAGAAGUUCCUCGCCGACGGCAGGCGGCAGCAGCAGAUCGCUGGCGUGCUAGAUUCUUCGCCCUCCAACGGCAGCGGCGCCGAGAUGGGGGUCAGCAGCCCCGUCAACAUGUUCACGCUCAACCAGGUGCCCGUCGAGGACACGCCGCCGUUGGAGACGAGGGAGAGUAAUGCUAAUGCUGCUGCUACUGCUACUGCUAGUAAGAAGAGGAAGAAGACGGUGGCGGUGAGGCACGCCUUGAGCGCUCCUCCUCUUGCCCAGCAGCCUCUCCAGCCUGCUACAACCCCUCCUGCUGCACAGACGCAUCAGUUUGCCCAGCAGCCUCUCCAGCCUGCUACAACUCCUUCUGCUGCUCAGACGCAUCAGCCUCAUCAUCAGACUGUCAUGGCGCUUGACGCAGCCGCACUAUCGUCGUCGACGCAUUUCAAUCCAACCGGCUCAGAGAAGGAGCAGGUUUGCAUGGCAGUCGGGAGGUUCUUGUACGAUGCCGGUGUGCCAUUGGAGGCAGUGAAUUCCGUUCAUUUCCAGCCGAUGGUCGACGCUAUCGCGGCUGUGCGAGGGAGGCCUGAGGUGCUCUCUUACCAUGACUUCCGAGGCUGCAUUCUGAAGAAGUCGCUGGACGAAGUGAUGGCCCAGGUUGAGUUCUACAAGCGGUCAUGGGCCCGGACGGGGUGCUCGCUGUUGGCUGAUGAGUGGAUGACUGAUAAAGGCAGGACCUUGAUGAACUUGUCAGUGUAUUGCCCAGAAGGCACUAUGUUUCUGAAAUCGGUCGAUGCAACAGACAUUGUUGCAUCGCCAGAUAUGCUGUGUGAGCUACUGAAGAGCGUUGUUGAGGAGCUUGGGGAGAAAAAUGUUGUCCAAGUAAUCACAAAGAACUCUGAGGUUCAUGCAGCGGCAGGAGAAAGGCUAGGCGAAAUGUUUCCUACAUUGUUCUGGUCUCCAUGCACUUACCUGUGCAUUGAUGGUAUGCUUGAAGAUUUUAGCAAGGUGCCGGCAAUUAGUGAGAUGAUAAGCAAUGCGAAAGCCAUCACUGGAUUUAUUUACAACAGUGCACUUGCAUUGAGUUUGAUGAAUAAGCAUCUGCAUGGGAAGGAUCUGCUAGUUCCUGCAGAGACUCGUGCUGCUAUGAACUUCGUCACGCUCAAGAACAUGUACAGUCUGAAGGACGCUUUGCAAGCCAUGGUCAGUUCAGAUGAAUGGAUACACUGCCUGCUGCCAAAGAAACCUGAAGGGGUCGAAGUGAGCAAUAUCGUUAGUAAUUUGCAAUUUUGGUCUUCUUGUGCUGCGGUUGUUCGCAUCACCGAACCACUUAUACAUCUUCUUAAGCUAGUUGGCAGCAACAAGAGACCUGCAAUGGGGUAUGUUUAUGCUGGAUUAUACCAAGCAAAAGUAACAAUCAAGAAAGAGCUGGUGAUGAAAAGCGACUACAUGGCUUACUGGAAUAUUAUUGACUGGAGAUGGGACAAUCACGUGCAGCGGCCACUUCAUUCAGCUGGAUUCUUCCUGAAUCCACUAUUUUUUGAUGGAAUUCGAGCUAAUGUAUCGAAUGAGAUUUUCUCAGGAAUGCUAGAUUGCAUAGAAAGACUGGUGUCUGAUGUCAAAAUCCAAGAUAAAAUUCAGAAGGAGCUCAAUAUGUACCGGAGCGAGGCAGCAGGGGAUUUUCGUAGGCAAAUGGCCAUCCGAGCCAGACGAACUUUACCACCUGCUGAAUGGUGGUAUAUGUACGGAGGAUCUUGCCCAAAUUUAACACGUUUAGCAGUACGUAUCCUCAGCCAAACCUGCAGUGCUAAAGGAUGUGAUCAGACACACAUUCCCUUUGAACAAAUCCAUGACCCAAGAAUGAGUAUUUUUGAACGCCAACGCAUGCAUUACCUCACCUUUGUUCAAUACAACCUACGGCUACAACACAGGCAACAAAGCAAGGUUAAGGCAUUUGAUCCUGUCUCAGUAGACAAUAUAGACAUAGUUGAUGAUUGGGUUGUGGAUAGACCUUCACUGUUUUCGGGACCGGAGGAGCAGCCAAACUGGAUGGAGAUUAGUCAACCAGUCAACGGGGUGGCACCAACAGCAACAGGACCUGGAGAUGAUGAAUUUGAGUCCUUCAUCGAAGGAGUUGAUGAUGAAAUGAUCCAAGGUGCUUCCCGGGGAAACCAGGGUGAUGAUGAUGGCGAUGACUGAUUCCAAGGAUGAAGAGAACCGCGUGUGCCGGUUAAUGAGAUGGUUCUACUAGGAUAACAUGUAAGCUAGGGUUGUAUGAACAAAAGGCUAGCAUUGAUCACAGUUUUCUAAGUGGAAGUGAUCCGUUAAGAGAAGUUCUCCAAAUAGAAAUGUUCUGAAAAUUCCCAGUAGCAAAAUGAAUGUGUUUUUUGUUAGACAUCUGUUUGGAUAUAUUUCAUACCAAGUAUUCGAAAUCUAUGACUGUUGCAUGAAAAA